GUCUUUUUUGGCUGUCAAGUCGAUUAGUUUCAUCACUUUGUUGCUCAAACGACUCAUCGGCUCAUCAUGGCGCCUAUCGACCCCCAACUGCAGGUCCCCAAGGUGGUACUCGGAGAUGCGUCUCGAUUCUCGCCUUCCGCUUCUGCUGCAUCUCCGAUGCCCAAUCAAGCCCCUUCGUCACUGUUCACCCGGGCUCAGAAAUUCGUCGAAGAAAAUCAACGAAUGAUCCUACUGGGCGCUGCGGUUGUAGCAUCCGCUGGAGCAGGGUACUAUCUUUACUCUACCCGAUCUUCAUCUUCGGGAGGUGGUGCUGGAUCUAGAGGAUCAAGUCCGGGCCCAAGCUCGACGAGCGGAAGUAAGAAAAGUAAGAAGAGUAAGAAGAAGAAGGGAGGAGCAAAGGAUGAAUAUCUCAAGACGAAAGGGAAUGAUGGACCGCUCGUAGAGGAGAUUCCGGGGAAAGCUGAAGAGUUGGCUGAGAAGAAAUCGUCAGAAAAGGCAAAGGUGGAGGAUGUUCAGGAACCCGGGACAUCUCAUCUGAAUGAUGUGCCAGAUGAAGCUGGUCUGGCCGCCAUGUCUGAGUCGGAUCGAAAUGCACUCGGAGCGACCCUCAAAGACAGAGGUAACAAACUAUACUCGAGGAAAGAUUUCAAGCGGGCAGUCGAAUGCUAUACCAAAGCCAUCGAAGUAUCUAUCAAGCGAGACCCUGUGUUCUUCUCUAACCGAGCUGCAUGUUACACCAACUUCUCUCCUCCCGAGUACGAAAAAGUAGUAGCGGACUGCGAUGAGGCUCUAAAACUGGAUCACACAUACGGGAAAGCGUUGAAGAGACGUGCUGCCGCUCUGGAACACUUGGACAGACUCGAAGAGGCCGUCAGAGACUUCACUGCCACGACAAUCCUCGAGCGAUUCCAGGAUGAACAGGCUGCUGCUUCUGUCGAAAGAUGUCUGAAAAACCUAGCUGCGAAGAAGGCCAAGGAGAUGCUGGACACCCGCGAACCCAAGCUGCCAUCUCCGACCUUCAUUUCAUCCUACCUGUCUGCCUUCCGACCCCAUGAGAAACCUACCCUACCCGAGAACUCCACGCAGGGUGAUCAGACUCUCCUGCUAGCCUUUGAUGCACAAGAAGCAGCGGACUAUGCUCACGCCAUGACGCUUGCGAAUGAGGCUAUCGAUCAGGGCAUCUCUUGGAAGCAGGGUCAAGCAGAAGCUUACAACAUGAGGGGAACCUACAAGUUCUUGAUCGGUGAUUCCGUUGGCGCUAGAGAUGACUUGCAGAAGAGUCUGGACCUGGUCCCUGAAUUUGUGCAAUCUUGGGUUAAGAUUGCUUCCGUCCAUAUGGAACUGGGCGACGCCGCUAGUGCCUUUGGAGACUUUGAAGCUGCUAUCAGACAUAAUCCCAACGACCCAGACAUCUAUUACCACCGAGGUCAAGUCUACUUUAUCAUGCAGGAGUUUGCCAAGGCUAUCACAGACUACACCAAGUCUACUGAGCUCGAUGGAUCAUUCAUCUUUACCCACGUUCAGCAUGCCGUUGCGCAGUACAAGCAAGGCAGCGUAGCAUCCAGUAUGGCCGCGUUUAGGAGGAUUCUCAAGCAGUUCCCUGAUCGUGGAGAACCGAGCAACUACUACGGAGAGCUCUUGCUUGACCAACAAAAGUUCCAGGAGAGUGUAGAGCGAUUCGAUCGAGCUCUCGAACUUGAUAAGAACAAGCGUCCCCGAAAUGUCCUUCCUCUAGUCAACAAAUCGCUAGCCAUAUUCCAAUGGAAGCAGGACAUUGGUCAAGCUGAAGCCUUCUGCCAAGAAGCUCUUGAGAUUGAUCCCGACUGCGAUGUCGCCGUCGCCACUUUGGCUCAGCUGUCCCUUCAACAAGGCAAGAUUGACCAAGCUAUUGAAUGGUUUGAGAAGAGCGCGAAGUUGGCUAGAACAGAGGGAGAGUUGGUCAAUGCCAUUACUUACGAACACGCUAGUCGAGCACAACAGGCUUUCCUACAGAACUACCCUGAAUAUGCUGAACGUCUGAGUCAGAUGGCAGCUGGAAUGUAAAAGAACGGCGAUCAAACGUGAAAAUGGUGUGGUUCUGUUGUUGAGGCACCAGAGAGAUACACGAUGGAAAAGGGGCGAGUGAAGAAGUGAAAGCUGAGCGGAAGAAGACGGGGAACAGGAUUAGGAUCAAGAAGAUGUUUUCGAUAUCAACUGGCUUCAGCUACAUCUCACUUAUGCAACGACUCCUC